AUGUCGGUGACCAGCUCCCGCCCAGCCGAGCUCAUCGCGCCGCACAUCAUCGAGAAGCUGCUGGAGCACCAGAGCUCCGUGGCGCUGGUCACGACCGGAGGAGAGGAGGACCUGCAGUGGACGUAUGCGACGCUGCUGCGUCGGGCGUUCGCGCUGCGUGACGAGCUGUUGGACAAGCUGCCCAAUGAGGGGCAGCCCCGUGUGGCGAUGCUCGGAGCUCGCGGUGCGUCGUACCUGAUCAUCCAGUGGGCCAUCUGGCUGGCGGGGGGCAUCGCUGUGCCCCUGCACCCGGCCCACCCGGCGGACGAGAUGGACUACAUCGUGUCGGACUCGGGCGCGUCGCUGCUGGUCGCGAACGCGUCGUUUACGGAGCUGGGCUCGAAGCUCGAGGAGUACGUGGCGGGGCUCCCGUCGCGGCUUAAUGUGGAAGUGGUCGUGCGUCCAGACGAUGUGAAGGGCGGCGAUGAGAAGGAGAUCUCGAGCGAGCAGCAGAAGGAGGUGCAGAAGUGGCUCGAGACGCAGGACUACGCCAAGGCUGGCGCCUACAUGAUCUACACCAGCGGCACCACGGGCCGUCCCAAGGGUGUUGUGACCACGCACGCUGCGCUGACGGCGCAGAUCAGCGACUUGGUGACGGCGUGGGAGAUGUCGAGCAGCGAUCAUCUCAUCCACUUCCUGCCUUUGCACCACGUCCACGGCAUCCUCAACAACCUGCUCUGUGUGAUGUACGUCGGUGGAUCCGUGGAGUUCUUGCCGUUUGCAAAGCCGUCGCUGAUUUGGUCGAAGCUGGGAGAAGCUGCCAACACGAAGCGCCCCGUGUCGAUGCUCAUGGCGGUGCCCACGGUGUACAUGAAGCUGCUGGAGGAUAUUGAGAAGCAGCCUCAAGAUGAUUCCAAGGUCCAGAGCGCGCUGGCUGGUGCUCGCGGGCUGCGUGUGGCAAUCAGCGGCUCCAUGGCGUGCCCCGUGUCGAUUUUGAACCGUUGGGAGAGUCUGACGGGCUUGCGUUUGCUCGAGCGCUACGGCAUGACGGAGCUUGGGAUGGUGCUGACGAACCCGCUGCACGGCGACCGCCACCUCGGAUACGUGGGCAACACAUUCCCGAGUGUGUCGGUGCGUGUAGUGGACCCCGACACGGAGACUGAGCUGCCGCUACAGGAAGAAAAAGAAGGCGAGCUCCGCGUAAAGGGCCCCUCUGUCUUCCGCGAGUACUGGAACAAGCCCGAAGCUACGGCGAAGGAGUUCGAUGCUGAAGGGUGGUUCAAGACUGGGGACAUUGUCCAGUACAGCAACGAGUUGAAAAGCUUCCGCAUCCGCGGCCGAGCGAGUGCUGACAUUCUCAAGACGGCUGGUUACAAGGUUUCCGCGCUGGAUGUCGAGCGCGUGCUGCUGACCCACCCACAGGUGCUCGAGUGUGCAGUCUUCGGGCUACCUGACGAAACGUGGGGACAAAUCGUGGCAGCCGUCAUUCGGCCCGAUGUUGCAGGUAAUAAGGUGGGCCCAGAAUCAUUUUCCCCGCACCUUGUGGAGUUCUCGAAGGAACACCUCGCCAGCUAUCGCGUUCCGCGCAAAUACUUCUUCGUUGAGAAGAUCCCUAAAAACGCGAUGGGGAAGGUAAACAAGAAAGCGCUGGUCAAGAUCUACUCGGAAGAUACGGCUUAGUUUUCGACGACUUGAGGCCUGGGCAGGUCGAACUGUUGUGCGCUAAUUCGCGUGCUUGGGGGAAAAGAUGAUUUCGCGGCGGCAGGCUGUUUGCUUUGACAUUGCCGUCACUGUGGGUGGACUUGUGGGUUCCGGCAGCAACUGGGCGUCGGCUACUGCACUGCACCAGGGUGUACAUGUAAAUGGCGACGCUCUCCAUUUCUUGGUAUUUGGUACUGCUGGUGCCAGUCAGGUUCUCCUUCGUCGAAGUCUUUGAAACGGAAACAGCGUCAAGAAUCCUCUUUGUGCGCGAUGACAUUGUCCACGAUCGUUGCAUCCCUUUUCUGCAGGCGGUGGUGUCCGAGCUGUUCAUGCCACGGUUUUCUGCAAGCCAAAUAGCGAAAUGUGAGUGCAGCAUCAUUACCCCAUGUACAUUGCAUCGUACCCGCUAUCGGUGGCCGCUUGAAGCACCCUAGUGAGUCCCCAGGAACUUGUUGCGAAUUCGCAGCCGCCAUUAUGCGCUCUUUAUCAUCGAUGGGAAUAAGCGUGUUGCUGAUCGAGUGAC